AUGGAUUUUCUUAAAGAUGCAGUUCAAAAAGCUGGCCAAAAUGCCGCUCAGGAUGCCGCUGUCGACGGUGUUGCCUCUAAAAUUUCAGGUGCCCUAGGAGGAUCUAAUAAUGAGUUUGUUGAUCAAGCUGCUUCUUUUGUUAAAAAUCAACUCAAAGAUCAACCUCAGAGUGAGUCUGUCAAAUCAGAGACUACAGUUUCUAAGAGUGAGGAUGGGAAUACAGCCCAAGUUGAACAGAAAACAACUUACAAAGCCGACUACGUUGACAAGGGCGUCGAGUAUGUUGAAAAGAAUGUUCUUAACGUCAAUUUGUCUGAUUCCCAAAACCAGCAAAUUUCUGGUUAUAUUAGAGAAGGCAUUGAAUCCUUCCAAAACCAAAAUAAGAAUAAUUAA